GCUAUAGGGGGGUAAAAGUAGGCCGGUAACAACAACAACAAAAGAAAAUAGAAAGAAUGUUCGGACGGUGUAUCGAAAGUGGUACAAGACUGCGACGCCAUUUUGUUCCCAAUACAUACACUGGACUUAUACUUUAGGAUUAACUUUCAAUGCAUGCUGUUUCUGGUCACUGCAGGGGAGAGUCGUCUUAGCCCCUGUCGCCGAAGUUAGCGGAUGUUAACGGAUACUCGUGUAUCAUGUAGUGAUGUCGAACCAUCCCUCUCUUCUGUAUCUUCAGAGAUGAAGGACAAACUGGACAGCGAGAAGGGAGGCAUCACCAUGAGCGAAGGUCCGUCCAAGACCACCAGAGGGCGCUGCUUCAAGGUUGCCAUCACGGUGUUCCCUGCCAUAGUCUGGGUCCUCUACCUCUGUGGCGGUGCCUGGAUGUUCACUAGCAUCGAGGGACCCCAUCUCAUGCUUCAGCGGCAAGUCGAGAAGGAGUACUUCACCAAUCUUGUCAUCGAGGCCUGGGAGAGGGGACGGAGGUGCAACAUCAGCGGAGCAAAUUACGCGGCGAUGAAUGGUUCGAACGUGACCGACUGCCAAAUCGACGACCUCGCCGACACCAUAAUGCGCGAGAUCCACCAGGAUAAGGGCCUUGAAUGGAGCUUUCUUGGUGGUAUUCAUUUCUGCCUCACUGUGGUCUCUACAAUUGGUUAUGGCUUACUGGUUCCUCGGACUCAUACAGGACGUCUUCUCUGCCUCCUGUAUGCCAUAAUUGGUAUCCCUCUCAACAUCACCCUUAUAGGAUGGGUUGGGAGAGGAAUCGUAUUCUGCAUCACAAAAACGUACCAGUCCCUCGACAACCUCCGCAUGUCAUGUCGAGAGAAGCGCGGAAGGCGAGUCGAUGUGCGUCCACCGCGCUCUAUCAGCACCUUGAGCAUUAUCGGAGCCACCCGGAUCAACGCCACAAAGCAGUGUAACCACAAUGCGGAAAAGGGGAAGAACAAACGAAAUUCCAGUUUUAUCAACGGAGCCGUGGAACAUUCGGACUCUGAUACGGAAAUACAAAUGAAUGGCGCCCACCAGCUCGCGAUUAGACCGAGGCAAAACGGCUUGUUGCUGUCGCAGAACCGCUCUACGGCAAAGCUGAGCGGAGGUAAUAACAAAACGGACAGCUCUGGAGGAGGUGAUAGCGAGAAAGAGUGGGAACACCCGUCAAUGGAACACGUUACUCACAUUUCUCAGAUGCGAGACCUGGUAAACGGAUCCGUGAAUCAUGGCGAUCACGGAUCCGAAAGGAGCGACACGACCAUGACAGGGGUGGAGGACGAUGGUCCGGUUGUCUCGGACAAUGAAAUCAACGAAAACAACAGCAAUAGUAACUCCGAUGAAGGAGAUAACGCUUCAGGGAACAAGGAAACGGGUGUACCGAUAUGGUUCGUCGCACUUUUCUUUGUCUCGUACCUCUGCUCGACGUCCCUCAUGAUUUAUUAUUCCAACUUUGUGCCAAUGAAUUGGUCUUUCAUUGACUCCCUCUAUUUCGACGUCAUCACCAUCUUGACGGUAGGGUUCGGGGACAUGUUCUAUUACACGAGAGGCCAAACCCUGACGCAGCAGCAGAAGACGUCCGCCACUUUGGUAUCCAUCACAACGAUGAUCCUUGGUAUGCUCAUGCUCUCAGCCUUCCUCUCAUUCGCCGUCGAAUCCUUCACGCUCAACAAUAUGAAGAGGUGGUUCGACAACGUCUUUGUGAAAUGUUGGGAGGGACUAUUCUGCCGGAAAAGGAAGAGGAAAAGGGACAAACCCACACGUUAGCAUUGAAUAUGUAUGCAUUCUGCUCAUGAGUGGACCAAUGAGACUAUUCGCCAUAAAAUUGCCACAACGUGUGCCUGUAGUUUUACAUUAGCAAUCAUACAUGUAACAAAUUAAAGUAACUGAAUGUCAGAUGCGUUAACGUAGCCUUUCAUGUUAUUUAGACUAUUUUUUACAUUUGUAUUUCAGUUAGUGUUAAUCAUUGUAAUUCCCUAUAUCAUAUUAAUGUCAUUUUUGAAAACUUUAAGGGGUUUCGAACAGGUUGGACAACCUCAGUUAAGUAAUAAGUAUUACAUUUGGAGCAUGCAGAUAACCCACAUACGAAUGUGUUCAUCGCAAGCAUCAGUUUGUACAGACAUUUUCAAGUUGACUGAACGUUUCAAAAGAGCUAAGGUUCACAGGGACAAUGGUUCUCGAGACCGAAGAUACAGAUGGCUGAUCGUUCACGAGGCCGAGGUUAUCAAGACCAAAAAGUUCAAUAGGUCGAGGUUUCGAAAGACCGAGGGUUUACUAAGUGAAAAGUUCUAGAGCCCGAAUUUACCGAGGUUCACGAGGCCAAAAAUUCAUGAACAGCAAACGUAAGUUACUCAAGAUCAAAGAUUCACAGGGCCUAUGGUUAAUAAAACAGAAGAUUUAAAAGACCGUAUCUAUGUUCUUAAUUUCCGAAGGUCUACGAGAUCGAAUUCCCAUAAGACCGAAUGAUUGCGAGGCCAAAUUUUUCUCUCUCGUGAACCUUACUCACGAUACUGGUGGUCCAUUAUAAAGAUAAACGUACAAAAGCCUCAUGAACUUUUAGUCUCAUGCACCUUCAGUUUAAUACCCUUCACCCGUUUUUGGACAUGUUAAUUGUUGCCUCGCAUUCAAGCUUGCAUUAUGACUGUAGAUCGUUGAUAAAUGGUUAAUCGGUAGCUGGUUUUAGCAACAGAAAAUGUUAAACCUUAAUGCUACCAUAGCAGUGUAACAAGACCGUCCAUUCUACAUGCUCCACAUGCCCUCGCUAAAGUCCGUUAUCACCAUCAUGGUUACCAUUUGUAAAAUAUAUAAAAUGUUACGGAGUAUAAAGGCCAACCUUUAAAAUAUGUAUCAUUGCAUCUAAUAAUAUUCUUGAAAGUUUUUUUUAUAGAUCUGAUCACUUUAUCAUAUGUUUUAAUUUAAAAUAAAUCAAAACUUUCUCCUUGUAUUCGACUUAUCAGGCGGAGAGCCGAGUAGUUAUGAACACAACAUGUUUUGUGUAUCAAAUGAUUCUUCAUUGAGAGGGAAAUAAAAUACACUUAAUUAUCACAUUAAUGUAGAUUUAAGGAAAUAUUUUUAUACUAAUUUUAUAACUGCCUUAUUUUUAUAUUUUGGUCAGGCUUUAGUAGGUCUCAUUGUAUUUCUGAGAAUAAUGAUCUAUCUGUGGAAUAAAGAAUAUAGUCUUGUUAGUAUCAUAUAAUAUUAUCAUACUCAUUUUAUCAUACCCAUUUUACCAUUUUAAUUUUUAAUUUUUAAUUUAGUUAUCAGGUUUUCUAAGUUAUUACAUGGUGUUUUAAUACUUAUCUUUCUUCGGGAUAGAUAAGUGUGUACUUGAGAAAGAGGCUUACUAGUUUUGCUUACAAGAUGUUAUAUAAAUCAUUAUCUGGCCUACCCUGGAAGAUUGGUUGGUAACUACUAUCGUAUCUGUUAACGCCUUUUUAACGAUCAUGUUUGUCAAAAGUACAACCAAGUGCCAUCUUUUUUUGACGUAAUAUGGGUAUUUCUGUAGAAUAUAUUUUAUAAUACUAUUGGUAAAAUAUAUUUUAAAAUACUUUUAGUAAAAUAUUUAUAUACAAAUUAUA